CACCCACUGAGGGCCCUGUUGUGGCGGGAAAAUCGAUAGAGUUGAAGCUAGAUAGUUGCUGACCAAGUUUAUGUUAGUUUACUUCGUUUGGUUUGCUCAUAAACAUCAAUCUGAAGAGAUUAUAAAGACCCGUCUAAUUUAAUUUUAGAAUUCAGCUCCUUAGUAAACUCUUAACUGAACGUUAGUCUAUUUUUGUUGACGCUUAGCAUUAGCAUUUACUCUUUAACAUUUCGUUUUCUUUUUUUAAUAGUCAGAGGUUUUCAAAAAUGGCAGCAAGAAAACAAAUGAAGAAAAAGCUACUAGAAGAGAAAACAGAGAAAAAUGUUUAUGAUUUUCCCGCAGGAGACGAUAAAAAGGAGCUCAGCGGCUCAGAGGAUGACAUCAGGGAAGAUGAGACGCCAAUUGUGGACAAGCUGUCAAAGAAAAGGCCUGCACCUGAUUUUGAUGAGGAGGGAACAGCAUGUGCCGUGGGAAAUGAAGUCCAGUCUAUGUUGGAGAAAUUUGGAGCUGAUAUCAGUAAAGUGAUGCAGGCCAAGAAGAAACGCCUGGAGUGUCUGACAAAAAACUACAUGAAGGGAAGCCAGCACAAGCUGGAGCAGCUGUGGACCAACUACCAUGGACAGAGGAAGAAGAUGACCCAGCAGUAUCAUCAGCAGGUUUCUUCUGCGCUGCAGCAGUGGGAGGUUGAAGCUCAGCGAGCCGAGGAGCAGGAGGAGAAGCUCAAUAAUUUGUUUCGGCAGCAGCUGAAAGUCCUGCAGCAGGCCCGAGUCGUGCAGAACCAGAAGCUGAAAGCCGUCAGAGAGCUGUAUGAGCAGUUCAUGAAGAACAUGGAGGACAUGGAGAAAAACCACGAGAUGUUCCUGCAAGGAACGCAGCAGGAACUGAGGAAGGAGAUGGCCACCCUGCAGAAAAAGAUUCUCAUGGACACGCAACAGCAGGAGAUGGCCACAGUCCGCAAGUCGCUACAGUCCAUGCUCUUCUAACUUGCUGUUACCAUGGCGACUGUUCCAGCGUUUGAGUUUGUUGUUCCUUAAUGCAGCAACAUUUCGGUUACUGAACCACUUCGAUGUUUAUUUUAAUAAAUUCAGAUUUUUAAAAGAUGAUGCAGUUUGUUUCAGCCCCUCUCACUGUGCUUUGUUUUUAUCGCCAGCAGGUGGCGCUGUGUUUAUAUCGGAAGUCACUUUGUAAAGAUGAGCUCUGUUGAGUGCCUGUUACAUCUAACAAUAAAAAAUUUAUGUUUAAGUGUU